GGCCCGGGCGCCGUUUCCGUGGGGGACGCCGUGGCGGAGGCGCACGGCGGGAGCCAACAUGGCGGCGUACACGCUGCGGCGUCUAUGCCGGCCGCGGCUGGGGCUUCUCGCCGCCCCGUUCUCGCAGCGGGCCGCCGCAGGGACCGAGUACCGGAGCGCCUACAGCCUGGACAAGCUGUACCCGCCGCGGCGGGACGAGGACAAGGCCGGCACCGCCAGCGCCCCGGAGGAGACGCAGCCGGCCGCCCUCGACAUCCCCCUGGCGCGCCUGACCGUGUCCUACUGCCGGAGCAGCGGCCCCGGGGGACAGCACGUCAAUAAAGUGAAUACCAAGGCAGAGGUUCGGUUCCACCUGGCGUCAGCAGACUGGAUUCCAGAAGCUACAAGACAAAAAAUGGCAUCGAUGCACAGGAAUAAGAUAAACCGAGCUGGGGAGCUGAUUGUGAACUCCGAAGAGAGUCGCUACCAAAUGAGGAACCUGGCGAUUUGUCUAGAAAAAAUCAGAACCAUGGUCACGGAGGCUACCGAGACGCCCAAGGUGGUGUCCAAGGAGACGACGCAGAAACUCAUAGAGAGGGUGGAAAAAAUGAAUCGUGAGCGACUACGACAGAAAAAGAUACACUCAAAUAUAAAACAGAGCAGGAAGGCAGACUUUGACUGACGACAGCAGAGAUCAAAGUCCUUGGCAUACCCGUCUUUUUAAAGAAAUGGCAUUGGCAGCUGUAGAUGAUGCUAAACUCAUGAGCCAUAUUGAAUAAAAAUGCUCUAAAAGUGUAAAUAAAAAUAUUUAACAUCUCC